CUCAUAACUACUGUUAAUUGUAUAUUUUAAUGAGUGUUGACUAAAAAUAGUUCAUCGUCAGGUGGCACAACGCGCGCCGCCUCUGCAACUUUUCCAUACUGUACGCGCGCUCCCGAUGGUUACCAUGACUACUGAAUGGCAACCACAGACGGCGGCACCUGAAGAUGGUGAGAACACACACAAUACAGUCGUUCACGUGGAUUUAAGAUUACACAUUUAGAGCGUGAGGCAGCUUGACUCGUGCUGUCCUCGUGUUUCUGGAGUCGAGUCGACAUGAAGACUCAAAGCAGCAACGUCGGAGUGUUUGUCCGGAUCCGGCCGACGGCGAACUUCUCCCCGGACGUCGUCGAGUGUCUUCCGGACGGACAGACAGUUAACAUCCAUCCCAGGAAAGACUCCAGGAAGCAGCAGGACACCAGGAGCAAUCAGCUGAGCUAUUGGUCCUUCCGGCUGGAAGGCGUCCUGCAGGCUGUAUCCCAGGAGGAGGUGUACGCCCGAGUGUGCCAACGAGUGGUACUGGGAGCACUGGAUGGCCAUAACGGUACUGUGAUGUGUUAUGGGCAGACCGGUGCGGGGAAGACCUUCACCAUGACAGGCUCUACAGAAUCAUACCAGCAGCGUGGCGUCAUUCCUCGGGCCCUUCAGGAGGUGUUUCUGGAGGUGGAGAAAAGGACCGAGCACGUCUUCUCUGUGCACCUGUCCUACCUGGAGAUCUACAACGAGACCCUGGUGGACCUGCUGCAAGGCCCACCACGCCCAUCUCCUCGUGGCAUGGUGGUGAUGGAGGAGCCGGGAGGAGGGGUGUUCAUCCGAGGUCUGACUCUUCAUCCGGUCCACAAUGAGGAGGAGGCUCUCAACCUGCUGUUUGAGGCCGAGUUGAAUCACAUUAUUGGAUCACAUGCCUUGAACAAGAACUCCUCCAGGUCCCACCGUAUCUUCACUGUGCACAUAGAGUCUCGCUCACGGUCUCUGUCUGAUGUCAAGUACAUCACCGCCAAGCUGAAUCUGGUGGAUUUGGCCGGAUCAGAGAGGCUGGAAAAGACUGGGUCAGAGGGUCAAAUGUUGAAGGAAGCGAUGUAUAUCAAUAAGUCGCUGUCCUUCCUGGAGCAGGCCAUCCUGGCCCUGGCAGACCGGCGCAGAGACUUUGUUCCCUUCAGACAGACGAAGCUCACUCACGCCCUCAAAGACACCCUGGGAGGGAACUGCAACACUGUGCUGGUGGCCAACAUCUACGGCGAGGCUGCACACAUGGAAGACACGCUCUCUACUUUGCGUUUCGCCAGCAGAAUGAAGUGCGUCCAGACGCACGCUGCUGUGAAUGAACACAACGGCACAGCAGCUCAGAUCAAGAAACUUAAGAAGGAUGUUCACAUGCUGAGAGAGGAGCUGUCCAUCUACACCACGCUGGCAAAGCGACCGAGCUCCCCGGACGACCUGCUGUCUAAAGCCGAGCUGGCUGACAUCCAGAGCCAGGUUCAGAGGUACCUGGAGGGAAGCCUGGAGGAAAUCAGCAUUGCAAGUAACAGGCAGAUCCAAGCGGCGUUCGCUCAGUUCAAGCUCGCUGUGCAAGGGAAGCAGAAGAUUGAGCUAUGCAGGAGCAAGAAGGUGGAGAAAGACCAGCGUGGGAACAAAGCUGCCGUCAAGGUGGACGGUCGAGGCGGCACCGACGAUGUGGACGUUGGCGGCUUUGAGACGUCCACUCAAUCACAGAAGACCAGCCAGCUCCAGAGUUCAACCAAAACCAGAAGGCCCAAGAACAAGCCGAGCCCAGGCAAGAGAGCGGGGAGUCCAGUUUCAAGGAGUCGUUUGGAAAGCGUCUCCAAAUCCAAGCUGAACUCGGUCCAGACGCCCGAGCCGGAGGAUGAGUCGCGUGAACCCGAACCGGAGGGCCGGGACGCACGGGAGUCUCAACCGCCCGCCAACGACCCCUUCCCUCUGGAAACCUCGCCCCCGAAAGAUUUGCCGUCUCCUCCCGGCUCCGCCCGGUCCAAAGCGGAGGCCUUCGAGGAUUUUAAAGUGGGACACGGCAGCAAGAUCAGCCGCAUCCUGAAGGAGAACAAGGCCGUGCUCCGGGAACGCCACGGUCUUCUUCAACAGCUGACGGAGGAGGUCAACGCGGUCAAGAGGGAGAUCGACUUCGCCCUGGCUUCCAUACAGCAGCAGCAGGAGGAGGAGGAGGAGGAAGAGGCGAGAAGAGGCCGAGGUCAACAUUUAGUGACGGAGGAGGAGCCAGAUGCCGCUUCAUUGCUGCAGCUGAGGGAGCUGAAGGGCCAGUACCGGCAGCGGUAUCAGGUGCACUGUGACAUCAAGGCAGAGGUCGACUACUGUCAACAACUUGUGGAUCAGUGCAGAGUGAAACUGUUCUCUGAAUUUGAGAACUGGUAUGAGAAGUCUUUCCCGGCGCCCGAGGAGGAGUUGGACAUAACGAUGGAGACGACCCGAGAACAAGGGAAGGAGCAGCUUCUGGAAGAGGAGCUUCUUCCUGACAACUCCGAGUCCUUCUACAACGCCCGCUACCGGAUGCUGAAGAAGAGGAGCAUCCGGGCGCUCUGCUUCACUCCGGUGCCGAGGAAGACUUCCUGGAGUUCUCCCCGUUAGCCGAGUGAGUUCCAUGUACACGCUGAAGUGGGGGAACUGGUGUUCACACGUGAUGCAUGUUUGUGGAAUAAAUGACACUACACAGUGAA